GCGCCGCGUUUCCUGAGAAGCGUGUCCCUCAUCGACCGCCGUCCUCCUGUCCGUUUGUUUCCCUGGCGCCGGAGAGGCCCAAGAUGGCGGCGGUGGCGGCGGAGCUGGAGCGCGUCCGCGUCUCGGCGGCGGAACUGAGGCGAGGGAUGUUCGCCGAGGCGGAGGCCGCGGCGCCGGGAAGGCACGGAGCAGAGACAACGAAGGAGCCCCGUCACCGUAAGGAUAACCGGCGCCCGGACCUUGAGAUCUACAAGCCGGGCCUUUCUCGGUUGCGGAAUAAGCCCCCAGCCGCCAAGCCAGAGGAGCCCAAAGAAGCCGCGGUUAUUGUCAAGAGGUCCCCAUCUCCUUCCAGUAGAGAGCAGCCUCAGAGUGGGAAUGCCCAACAACCGAAUGGCAUCUUAGAAGGAAGCGCUGAAGAAUGGUGCCCUCGGAUCAUCCGGAGGAAUAAAAAGCCUGACCAACAGAUCUACCAACCUGGGAAGCGCCUUCAAGCCUCUUCCAAGGAGCCUGGGGUUGAGGAGGAGAAGGGGAAGGAGCUGGAGAAGCAGAAAGGCAAGGAGUCUGAGAAGGAGAAGGGCAAGGAGACUGAGAGAGAGAAGAGCAACGAAGGCAGAAGCCGGACUGCUGUUUCAGAGGAGAAAGUGGGGAUAAAAGAGGGGAAUAGGCCCCUGCUCCGAGGGGAGAAGGGCAAGCGAACGGAGCGGCCCAAAGAAGGCAACGGUAAAAUGGGCACCCCGAAGCGUUACUCGCGUUCGGACAAGCGCCGCAACCGAUACCGCACAUGCAGCACCAGUUCGGCCGGCAGCAAUAAUAGUAUGGACGGUGCCGAAGUCAGGAAGAAGAGGCCGGAGCCCACGAAGGAGAGACCUCGCCCCCAUCAGCACUUUCCGCAGCAGUCGGCUUCCUCCACGGAUUCGUUCGACGACGACCGGAUUGAAGAGAAUAAGGAGAGGCGCUCGGAUCAUGGCUGGGUUUCGAAAGGGACUUCUAAAGGGCCGCAGCCCAGCAGGGCCGACCCUGCGGAGGCCGAAGCGAAGCCCCACGGAAGGGGCCGUGGGAUCCUGGUCCUCCCGGCCAACACCGACCUCACUUCGGGGGAGUCGGUCCAUCCGGCAGGGCCUCGGCUUCUCUUCGGGAACGGGGUCGGAAAAGGGUCACGAGGAAGGGGCCGAGGGGGUGCCGGCCGGCGCCUCUGGGACCCCAAUAACCCGGAACAGAAGCCGGCACUCAAGACCCAGGCGGCCCCGUUGCACUUCCUGGACACGGAUGAUGAAACGACUCCCUCUGCCAGGCCAGCUAACACUCAGGCGUCCUACUACCGCUUCCAGAACUCGGACAAUCCCUACUCCUAUGGCCGCCCGGCUUACCCGUACGCCGGCUACUCCGUGCCCUAUCCCAGCAACGGGGUCUACCCAGGGCCCUACUAUCACCAAACCGGCGGAUACCCAACCCACGAAGCUUACCUUUGUGGCAGUCCGUUACUGGCCGCCCCGCUCAGCCCCGAGAUGGAGCAGCAGGUCCGCAGCCUCCAGCAGCAGGAGCUGAGCAAGGUCCUCCGCGAGGCCGGGAACCUGGAGCAGCAGCUGAGCAACCUCCUCUCCAGGGACCGGCUCAGCCCCGAAGGACUGGAGAAGAUGGGGCAGCUCCGGGCCGAGAUGUUGCAGCUGUACGAACGCUGCCUCCUGGCCGACAUUGAGUUUGCGGAUGCCCAGAACGUGGACCAGCUCCUCUGGAAGAACGCCUUCUAUCAGGUCAUUGAGAAGUUCCGCCAGUUGCUCAAGGACCCCGUUGCGGAGAGCGGUCAAGAGAUCCGCAGCAAGUUGCUCCAGAUCCUGGAUGAGGGCACCGUCUUCUUCGACAGCCUCCUGCAGAAGCUGCAGGUCACUUACCAGUUCAAGCUGGAGGACUACAUGGACGGGAUGGCGGUCCGUAGCAAGCCCCUGCGGAAGACGGUGAAGUAUGCCCUCAUCAGCGCCCAGCGGAGCCUGAUCUGCCAGGGAGACAUCUGCCGAUACAGGGAGCAAGGCAGCGAGACGGCCAACUAUGGCAAAGCCCGCAGCUGGUACCUGAAGGCCCAGCACAUCGCUCCCAAGAACGGACGGCCCUACAACCAGCUGGCCCUCCUGGCGGUCUAUACGCGGAGGAAGCUGGACGCGGUCUACUAUUACAUGCGCAGCCUGGCCGCCAGCAACCCCAUCCUGACCGCCAAGGAGAGCCUCAUGAGCCUCUUCGAGGAGACCAAGCGGAAGGCCGAGCAGCUGGAGCCGAAGAAGAGCCCCAUCCAGGCGCAUCCGCAGCGGGGGCCCCACCGCAAGGGCAAGAGGGCCGGCUCCUUGGGCCCCUCCGCCGAGGACAGCACCCGCCUGGAGCGCUGGAUCCACCCCUCGCGCCAGAGACAGGGCCAUGACGCCGGGCGUGCUGACUCCUCAGAGCAGGACGGCAACGGCGGCCUCCUCGGGAGCCUCAGCCCCAGCGACCUGAACAAAAGGUUCGUCCUGAGUUUUCUGCAUGCCCAUGGGAAGCUGUUUACCAGGAUUGGUAUGGAGUCCUUCCCAUCGGUGGCGUCGGAGGUCCUGCGCCAGUUCCAGGCCCUUCUUGGGCACAGCCCUCCCCCCUUGGGCAGCCCCCGCCUGCUCCAGCUCAUGGCCAUCAACAUGUUCGCCGUCCACAACGCCCAGCCCAAAGAGUGCCUUUCGGAGGACUGCCGCUCGGUCAUCCAGGAGCAGGCCACGGCCUUUGGGCUCUCCAUGUUUGCCUUGCUGGUCAAGCGCUGCUCGGCCCUCCUGCGGGACGUCUCCCCAGGGAGUCCGUCUCCGGGGGGCUCCUCCGAGGACAACGACGACGACAUCAAAGUCUCCUCCCUGCCUCCAGACCUGAAGGAGCUGCUGCCCAGCGUCAAGGUCUGGUCGGACUGGAUGCUCGGACACUCGGACACCUGGAACCCGCCGCCCAACUCCCUGGAGCUGCCUCCGGAGGUGUCGGUGGACGUCUGGGCCACGCUGGCGGACUUCUGCAACCUCCUGACGGCGGUCAACCAGUCGGAAGUGUCCCUGUACAAGGACCCCGACGAAGACCUCUCCCUCCUGAGCCUGGAGGAGGACCGUCUCCUUUCGGGCUUCGUCCCGCUCUUGGUGGCCCCGCAGGAGCCCUGCUACGUGGAGAAGGCCUCGGACAAGGGCAUUGCCUCGGACUGCAAGCGGGUGACGGUGCUGAAGUACUUCCUGGAGGCCCUGUGCGGUCAAGAGGAGCCUCUGCUGGCCUUCAAGGGCGGGAAGUACGUCUCGGUGGCCCCCGGCCCGGACCCCGACCCCACGGAAGGAGCCCCUCGAGGAGGAGGAGGAGGAGGAGGAGAAAGAGACGACGACCAGGAGGACAACCUCCGGAUCGAGGCCUUUGAGGGCGACUCGGAGGAGGAAGAAGAGGAGGCCGAGGAAGGCAGCGGCGGAGAAGCAGCCGGGGACAUCCGAGAGCUGAGAGCCAAGAAGCAGGCCUUGACCCGGAAGGUGGCCGAGCAGCAGCGGCGCCAGGACAAGAUCCAGGCGGUGCUGAAGGACCAGGCCAAAGUGCGGCAGAUGGAGCUGGAGAUCCAGCCGGUCUUCCUGGUGCCGGACACCAACGGCUUCAUUGACCACUUGGGCAGCCUGCUCCAGUUGCUUGAAUGCCGUCAGUUCAUCCUGGUGGUGCCCCUCAUCGUGAUCAACGAGCUGGACGGCCUGGCCAAGGGCCCCUCGGAGGGGGAGCCGCGGGCGGGGGGCUACGGGCGGCUGCUCCAGGACCGGGCCCGCAAGGCGGUGAACUUCCUGGAGUCCCGCUUUGAGCGCAGGGACAGCUACCUCCGGGCCCUGACCAGCCGCGGCAACGAGCUCGAGUCCAUCGCCUUCCGCUCCGAAGACCUCUCCCAGCAGCAGCAGGGCAACAACGAUGACCUGAUCCUCUCCUGCUGCCUCCAUUACUGCAAGGACAAGGCCAAGGACUUCAUGCCCGUCAACAAAGACGACCCCAUCCGCCUCCUGCGCGAAGUGGUCCUGCUGACGGACGACCGCAACCUCCGCGUCAAGGCCUUGACGCGCAACGUGCCCGUCCGGGACAUCCCGACCUUCCUGCGGUGGGCCCAGGAGGGCUGAGCCAGGGCGCCCGGACCCCUUCCUUGGGCAGCCUCAAGACCCCGCGCAGGACGGGGAGGAAGCUCUGUCGGCGCCGCUCCUUGCCGCCAAACACAGGGGCCCGGCGGCGCCAACGCCAACCAGGCCGCCGCGCCCCGAGGUCCGUCCCACGAACAAUAAAGCCCACCUAAAUGGCCGUUGCUGUGGGUGCGAGAGAGAGAGAGAGAGAGAGAGAGAGAUAGCGGGCGCCAUGGGACGAUGCCCGGCCCGCAUUGGAAGGUUGUUGUCGCCGUCGUUCUGGGAAACUGCGUGUCAGGGGAGGGGGGCCUUGGCCUUCCCUUUCUCCGAGAGUUGGGCCCUUCCGCUGUUUGUUUCCCCACAAACAACCCUGCGAGGUAGGCUUAUUCUAGCGCUAAAUUCCCCCUUAGAUUGGGAUGAUCGUCCCCAUUAGGUUUAUCCUAGUGUUGAGAAUGUGAGGGCCCUUUAAGAGCCAUCUAGAAAGUCCCGCCUCUUUUUGGUUCCCUUAUGAAACCCCACAAACAGCCCUGCGAGGUAGGCUUAUUCUAGCGUUAUAUCCCCCCAUUAGAUUGACAUCAUCAUCUUCGAUCCAUCAUCAACCCCGUUAGAUUUUUCCUAGAGUUGGGAAUGUGAGGGCCCUUUAAGAGCCGUCCAGAAAGUCCCGUCUGUUUGGUUCCCUUAUGAAACCCUACAAACAACCCUGCGAGGUAGGCUUAUUCUAGCGCUAUAUCCCCCCGUUAGACUGACAUCUUCACUUCUGAUCCGUAGAUUGACAUCCUCCUUAUUGACGUCUCUUCCACCACUUUAUUUGCAUCAAAAAAUGUACACAAAAAUUGCAUCCCAUCCCCAAAAUACAAGCUCCAUCAUCCUUAGUCCGUGUCCAUAAAGGGGAGGAGGAUAGUGGGCUUUUUUGGGGUGGAAGGAGAUGGUCUUAAUGGGAGAAUUUGCCUGGAAAAGGGGACCGCAAUGGUAUAAUAUUUGAUUGUUUUGGUGUGGGAGGGGGCUUAAGAUGACUCGUAACCCAUUUCCCCCCAAAAAGGGAACUUGGCUUCGGAUAGGAACGUCCCGACUGUUUGGAACCCCAGAAAAGUAAUGUUGGGGUGCUCCAUCCCCACCGAGUUGGGUUAGGGGUCCCGCUUUGGGUUUGGUUUGUGACUUUUAUUAUAAGUUGUUGUUGUCGUUGUGUUGUUUUCCUUAAUAAAGACCUUUUAGCAAGGAA